UAAAAUAAUUAAGUCUCUUUGUUUUCUGCGUACCUCAAGAGGAGGUAAGUUCAGUAUGCGCUCUAAUACAGAAUAGUCAUAGUAUACAUGCAACUUACUGGCAGUAUAUCUCAGAAAAUUGUGUUGGACAGCCUCGAUCUUCAGUUUAUGAGUAAAGUAAUAGGGGGACCAAAUUGUGGAACAGUAAUCGAAAUGAGAUCUAACCAGGGAGAAAUAAAGAGAUUUAAUAGCUGAGAUGUUUGUAAAGUCUCUAGUGGUUCUUUUUAUAAAGCCAAGCAUCUUCAUAGACUUCUGUAUUGUACUGUAAAUGUGUGAUUUAUAGCUAAGGGCGGAGUCAAGGAUCACACCUAGAUCCCUAGUUUCAGAGGCAGAAUGUAAGGUCAGAUUAUUUAUACCAUAUUCGAAGAUGAUUGGAUGAUGAGUUCGGUGGAAACGAAGAAUAUGGCAUUUGGAUGCAUUCAAACACAUACCAUUUUGCAUACACCAGUUAGAUAGGCGAUCAAUAUCACCUUGUAGACUAAGUGAAUCAGCCUCAGAUGUGAUUAUUUUAAAACAUUUUAAAUCAUCAGCGAAUAACAAAGUUUCACUUACUUGGAAACAGGGUAUUAGAUCAUUGAUAAAUAUAUUAAACAACAGAGGUCCCAAGUGUGAUCCCUGUGGUACACCUGAGUUAACAGAGAUGGUAUGAGAAUAGUGAUGAUUAACCCUGACAAUUUGCGAUCUUUGCGUAAGAUAGAUAAUGAUAAGGAUAUGUUUUUGGAAUGGUUGAAAAUUAUCAAGAGGAAUCGAUUAAGUAAGUAUACACCACUUCGAGUUUACAAGAAUUUUCGUAUUUGUUCUAGGCAUUUUAAAGAAGAAGAUAGGGUACCAGACGUGAAAUCUGGAAGGAGAGGAAUUAUCAGAGGGGCCAUCCCGCGCUUAUUUUUACCGCCAAAAGAUUAUCAGGAUGAAGAAGAUUAUUUAGCUUAUGCCAGGCCUUCUACUACCCAGCUAGACGUAUCUAAUAUGGAGCAAGACAGAAAUGCCAGGCCUUCUACUUCCCAGCAAGACAUAAUGGAAACAGAUAUUGAGGAAACUCCAGCUAAAAGGAGGUUUAUUGACCAUGAUUAUGCCAAGUCUUCUACUUCCCAGCAAGACCUAUCUGAUAAUAUGGAGCAAGACAGAAAUGCCAGGCCUUCUACUUCCCAGCAAGUCAUAAUGGAAACAGAUAUUGAGGAAACUCCAGCUAAAAGGAGGUUUAUUGACAUUGAGCAUGAUUAUGCCAAGUCUUCUACUUCCCAGCAAGACUUACCUAAAAAUAUGGAGCAAGACAGAAAUGCCAGGCCUUCUACUUCCCAGCAAGACUUAUCUGACAAUGUGGAGCAAGACAGAAAUACUGGUGGCAAAGAGCAAGGCAGAAAGGCAAGGAGAAACAUUUUAAACAGUAUACAAAUUUCAAUGAAGCAGUACUUAACACCAAAGAAAAGGAAACUGUAUACAAAAAUUGUUGCAUCAAGUAAUAGAAUUCAUAAGUUGGCAUAUAGAUUAUCAAGUUACCAAGAAAAAUUACAGGCUGCUAAACGUUUAUCAGAAACAGUACCAUUUAGAAAAUUGGCUGAGAAGGUUAAUCCAUUAACAUAUACAUUUAUUUUGUCUCAAAUUCGUACCCAACAACAAAAACUGAAGGGAAGAAAAUUUACCAUAGAUGAGAAGGUCCUGGCUCUAACACUAUUUAAAGGAAGUGGAAAAGGGUACAAACUGCUGUCAAAAAUUUUUUCCUUGCCAUCUAAAAGAACGUUGACAAAUUUAUUGAAUAAGAUUAAAUUAAAUCCUGGAAUUAAUGAGAUCAUGUUUAAGAUGUUACAAAAGAGUGUCCACAAAAUGACGCCAAGGGACCGGCACUGUGUAUUAAUGUUUGAUGAAAUGUUUUUGUCAACACGUCUACAAUACAACCAAAAAGAAGAUAAGAUAGAGGGGUUAGAAGAUUAUGGCACUGAAAGAUGCCCAAAUUUUGCCAACUAUAUAAAUGUGUUUAUGAUUAAAGGUAUUUACAGACAAUGGAAACAGCCAAUCUGCUACACAUUUAGUGAUGAAGCUACAAAAAGUAGAAAAUUAAAAAACUUGAUAAUCGACGUAAUUAAACAACUGCAAAAUAUUGGAUUAACUGUUGUAGCCACAGUAUGCGACCAAGGAGGACCAAAUGCAGCAGCAGUCAACUUAUUAACUCAGGAAUCCCGGACCGAAUAUUUAAGAAUAGGACAAGACUAUCAAUAUUUUGGAUUUCUUGUUAAUGGCAAAGAAAUUGUUCCUCUCUAUGAUACCCCACACCUAUUUAAAGGCUUGAGGAACAACUUAUUAAACAAGGAUCUACAUUUCGAGCUUCAUGGAAAGAAGGGUGUUGCUAAAUGGGACCAUAUAGAGCAAUUUUACCAGCUGGAUGCAUCGGAGCCCUUAAGAAUUUGCCCAAAAUUAACAGACGAACAUGUGUUGAGGAACAAAAUCAAAAAGAUGAAAGUGAAGAACUGCACGCAAGUCUUCAGUCACCAAGUUGGAAGUUUAAUGGUGAAACUUGUAGAGUGGAAAGCUGAAGUGAAUCUGUGUAGUGAAGUGGCAGAUACAGGUCGUUUAAUUUUAUUUUUAGAUAAACUUUUUGAUUCCUUGAACUCCAAUCAGAAAACUGCUCCUGUAAGCAAACCUUUGAAAGGUGGUGUUACCUUAACAUCAAACCAUGAUCAAUUUUGGAAACAAUCUUUAACUCUUUUAAACAAAAUGAAAUUCUUUGAUAGAAAGAAACAGAAAUUUGUUUCUGUACCCUCAUUAAAAAAUUUGAAUUUUACCAUUCGUGGAUUUUUAUAUUUAAAGCAAAAAUUAUUAAAAACUAAUAAUAAUUACUUACUGUUAAGAGCAUUUCAGCAAGAUACUUUAGAAAAUUUUUUCGGGUUAAUUAGAAGUUAUAGAGCUACAGAUAAUUCAGUAAGUGUGUCAGAUGCUAUAACCACCUUCAAAGCUUUGGUUAUAAAUAAUUUUAUGUCUUUCCAUUCACCUGAAAGCAAUUGUGAAAAAGAUGUUAGUGAGGGAGCACUAGACACCUUACGUUUUUUUUAACAGGUGAGGUAUUACCAGGUUGUACACCUUUGGCACCUGAACUUAAUUAUUCACUUCCUCCGUCAGUUUCAAAUGUUAAAAGACCUAAGGUGGGAAGGUGUACUGUAACUUAUGUUGCAGGAUAUGUAGCAAAAAAAGUAUUGAAGAAGGUUUCAUGUGAGCAAUGUAAAUACAAUAUGUUAUUUAGGGACAAGAAAGGAGAUACAGAAUUUAUUGAAGCCAGGCAAUAUAAUAUGUCAAAUUUAACAGUGCCUGGGAAUUUGUUGACUCAUAAAGUAUCUGAGGCCCUUGCAAAAUUGUUUUACCUAAUUCCAAGGGUCUGUCAUUUGCAACCUUUACACUCUAUAUUGUGUAAAGAACUUAAUAAACUUUUAAAAUUUUCAGACUUCAAUUGUAAAAUACAUUCAAAUGUUGGUUCAAAUCUAUGUAAAUUUAUUGUUAGACUUUCUGUAUAUAUGUGGUGUAAAAAUGUAAAUACAAUUCUAAAUGGCAAAGACCAGAAAUUUAUUAAUUUUAUAAAAAGUAAGUCAGAAUAUACUAAUGUAGAUCCUAUAAAAUUGGUUGCUUAUAGAAAAUACGAAAAAAGGAGAAAACAAAUUUCUAAGUACCGAUCAUAAAUCUGGACCUCGGAGGUAACCUACGCUAUGUCCACAUGGCGUUGUUUUGAAUAGGUUCAUUUAAUGAAUAUAUUUAUUUUAUUAGUUGGAAUAUACAAAUUGGUUAUAUAAUAUCAUUAAAAUAUGGUCACAUUGUCUUUUCAACAAAAAUUAUGGGAUAAUCAGAUUUUUAUGACAUUCAAAGUGCUCUACUUCAAAGUUGCUUGAAAUGACAGAGUGUAGUUUACCUGCAGGGUCCAGAAAUAUAGAUUUAUUAGUUCCAAUGUAAAACUAGACAAAAUUGUAUGUUAUUGUUCUCUUCAAUGAAUUUUGAGAAGCUCCUCCAUUAAAACUUUAUGCUUAUCAUAUUUGAUACAUUUUUACAAAAAGUCGUCUGCUUUUUUUUGUAGACAAUUUCUAUUUACAGUCUAAUAUUUCCAUUUUGUUUUUAGCAAAUAAAAUUGUGUUUUUCAUUUACAGAACUCAUAUGAAUCUCGAAUCAUUAUUUUUAUUGUUUUACAUAUCUAACGUGCUAUGUACUAUUUUAAAUUUUAUAAUAAAUUAUUAUCAAAAUAGAAAGUAAAAUAGUUAAUUACUACAGUUAUGAAUCGUAUUUCAUCACCAUUUUUAUAUUUAGUUGUAUAGUUAUUUCAGCAAUGGUAAUAAAAACUUUGAAGAGCCAUAGUGAAAAAUUGUCAUUUUUGACUUAUUCUUUUAAUACAUAGCAUGAUAGAUAUUUUCUACUUUCCCAACCAUUUUGUUUCUCACAAUUGCUUCCAUCCUUUACUAUCUUGACCCACUCUGACCACUGUUCUGACCACUGACACCAUUCUGACCCACUGUUUGCCUGCCACUGCUCUUAUGUCAUCUACCCAUCUCUUGAGUCUUCCCAUGUUUAUUUCGUCCUCCUUGGUCUCCAUUCUACAAUUAUCUGUACCCACCAGCUUUCAUCAUAAUUUCAUAAUUGACUGUGUGACCAGCCCAACAUCAUUUCAUUUUUUACAUUUGUUCCAUGAUAUCCUUGAUGCAGUUUCCAAUUUGUAUGUACAAACUGGUAGUACGCAUGUGCUAUGUAUGUUUAUAGAAAUGGAGGUGAUUUUCAAGAUAUAUGCUAGUUUACCAAAAGCGGCCCAUGCCAGUUGUGUUAUUUUAAUUUAAGCAUCUGGAUUUGGUUUUCCCAGUUUGGUGACAUGGCCCUUGUAUACAUAAUGUUCAACAUUUUCUGUGGUAUGAUUUUGUAUUGUUAUGUUCGUCUGAUUCUGGCUCAUUAUUUUUGUUUUAUUGUAGUUCAUUUUUAAACUUACAGCUCUCGCAACUACAUUUAAUUGUUUUAACAUUUCAGUUAGUUCUUGAAUAUGUUCUAAUAAAACUAUGUUUUCAAAUGUUCUAACUAUGAUCCGUUGAUGUUUAUGCAUUUGUUCCAUUAUAAUUUCUUAAAAAUAUUUUCUGGAGUAAGGGGAAUAGUUUGGGAGAAAUGGUGCCUCCUUAUCUCACUCUCUGUUGUAAAUAGUUACAUAGUUCACUUUUAUUAUGCAUUAUAUAUUUUACUUUUCUCUUUAUUAGUUAAGUUGAUGAUUUUAUACACAUGAUGACAUUAUAAUAUAGAUGACUAAUUUUAAAACAUAAUUUUAAGAAUCGGAUUAAAAGGGCUUGACAGGUGUAGGUACUUUUUUGUUUAUUUUAAUAAUUCAUUUGUGUCACAUAUAAUUGUUAAUAUUUUGUUUAAUGUGUAAUUAAGACUUAAAUUUUACUCUAGUUUAUAAGAAAUAAUAGAGAUUGAUUUUAUAAUGUACGUUAGCAUAUUUUUUUGUAUAUUUUGUAUUAUAAUUUUAAGAAUCGGAUUAAAAGAGCUUGACAGGUGUAGGUACUUGUUUGCUUAUUUUAAUAGUUCAUUUGUGUCACAUAUAAUUGUUAAUAUUUUGUUUAAUGUGUAAUUAAGACUUAAAUUUUACUCUAGUUUAUAAGAAAUAAUAGAGAUUGAUUUUAUAAUGUAUGUUAGCAUAUUUUUUUGUAGAUUUUGUAUUAUAAUUUUAAGAAUCGGAUUAAAAGAGCUUGACAUGUGUAGAUAUUUCUUUGUGUAUUUUAAUAAUUCAUUUGUGUCACAUAUAAUUGUUUAUAUUUUGUUUAAUGUGUAAUUAAGACUUUAAUAUUACUCUAGUUUAUAAGACAUUAUAGAGAUUGAUUUUAUACUGUAAUUUAUACUUGUAAUGGAGGUAAUCCCUUAUAUAACUAAAUAAAUCAAUAAUAAAGCUCAUAACAUUAGCUCUUUCAGUCAUUAUGUUUGUUUUAAGAACAUCAACUUUUAAGCCCCAACAAUAGCUCAUUUUUUACAUUGAAUCACCAUAAUUGUCUCAACGAACAUCGUCUCUGUACAUUGUAAUAGGCAUAAUAAUGUUUAUGGACAAAAUUUGUUGUUUAUAAAUAUUUAAAAACAUAUAUUUCAAUCUCAAAGAUUUAAAUUAUUAUCUUUGCAAACAAAAACUCUUGACUGAAGGGGUUAACGCACACAUACACACACACAUUUGGGUGAUUUGCGCCUAGUCACCGAACUGGGCUAAGCCUAGAGCGUGGACUCGGCGCCCGGGCAAGUAACAAAUCGAUGAUACGUCAGUUAAGACGUAGCUGGACUAAAGUGCCUCACACGGUUCAGCAUUAUUAGGUAAAUAUUUCAUAUGAGGGUUUUUUAUGCUGAAACUCUCAUAUAGCAAUCAUUUUGAUGAAAGUAGCCUUCCAUAGCGCAUCAGCGUGCUAUGGGAGGGGUGGAGGAAAGCCUAGAGAGCAUUGGAGCUCGAAGGAGUGCUUCCUGAUUUACUUGGACCAAUCCUUCUCACCCCAAUGAAUUGUAUGCUUAAAUGGGCAUGCAAGUCUCUGCAGGUGGGUUUACUUUGUUGUUGUUUAUAAAUAUUUAAAAACAUAUAUUUCAAUCUCAAAGAUUUAAAUUAUUAUCUUUGCAAACAAAAACUCAUGACUGAAGGGGUUAACGCGCGCGCGCGCGCCCACACACACACACCACACACACACACACACACACACACACACACACACACACACACACACACACACACACACACACACACACACACACACACACACACACACACACACACACACACACACACACACACACACACACACACACAUUUGGGUGAUUUGCGCCUAGUCACCGAACUGGGCUAAGCCUAGAGCGUGGACUUGGGCAAGUAACAAAUCGAUGAUACGUCAGUUAAGACGUAGCUGGAUUAAGUGCCUCACACGGUUCAGCAUUAUUAGGUAAAUAUUUCAUAUGAGGGUUUUUUAUGCCGAAACUCUCAUACAGCAAUCAUUUUGAUGAAAGUAGCAUUCCAUAGCGCAUCAGCGUGCUAUGGGAGGGGUGGAGGAAAGCCUGGAGAGCAUUGGAGCUCGAAGGAGUGGUUCCUGGUUUACUUGGACCAAUCCUUCUCACCCCAAUGAAUUGUAUGCUUGAAUGGGCCUGCAAGUCUCUACAGGUGGGUUUACUUUUUUUGCUUGUUUGCUCGUGAGUAAUUCCAUUUAUCAUUUUGUAAGCCAGGGUGAAUAGAUUCCUAAGCUCAGAAUGGGGCCCAUUUCCGUGGAGUGUAACGUGGAUCCCUGCACAAGGAUAUAGGUGAAGACCAGAAUGGUAGCAAUCACUUAUAAAAUACAUACAUCUAUAUUAUACUUCUGUAAUUCCAUACAAAUUUUGAUUGCUCAAAUAAUUUUAUAAAGUAAUUUACAGAAAUAAAUAGAUUUUUAAGACUA